AGCUAGUAACAUAGCUUCUACAGGCCCCAAAACAGCUGCUUUAUUUCUCAGGGAGUUCCUCGCAAUCGAGAGCCAAUUAAUAAAUUAAAAGUGAUGUAUAAAAGUUAGCCGUAUUUGUAAAGCCAUAAAUGAGUUGUAACUUCGCCACCUGUUCGCGAAAGGCAGUUUUAAACAUGUACAAACAGACGUGCACCAAUCUCCUGGAAUUGUCCUCCGCCAAGGUGAACGAGUGGAUGUCGAGUUUCGACUCCGUUAUAACCGAUUGCGAUGGUGUCUUAUGGAUCUAUGGCCAGGCUUUGGAAGGCUCGGCGGAUGUGAUGAACCAGUUCAAGGCCAUGGGAAAGUCCAUUUACUUUUGCACAAACAACUCGACGAAGACCCGUUCGGAACUUCUAAAGAAGGGUGUCGAACUGGGCUUCGACAUCAAGGAGAACGGCAUUAUAUCCACGGCCCAUGCCACAGCGGCGUACCUGAAGCGUCGGAACUUCAGCAAGCGGGUAUUCGUGAUCGGAAGCGAGGGCAUCACCAAGGAACUGGACGCCGUGGGCAUUAAGCACACCCAGGUGGGGCCGGAACCCAUGCAGGGAUCGCUGGUCGAGUUCAUGGCGCAGCAUUUAAAACUGGACACGGACAUCGGGGCCGUGGUCGUGGGCUUCGAUGAGCACUUUAGCUUUCCCAAGAUGAUGAAGGCUGCCUCGUACCUGAAUGAUCCGGAGUGCCUGUUCGUGGCCACCAACACGGAUGAGCGUUUCCCCAUGCCCAACAUGAUAGUGCCCGGCAGCGGGAGCUUCGUGCGGGCCAUCCAAACCUGUGCGGAACGGGAGCCCAUAGUGGUCGGGAAGCCCAACCCGGCGAUUUGCGAAUCGUUGGUCAGCCAGAAGAAGAUCGAUCCCUCGAGGACCCUGAUGAUCGGCGAUCGCGCCAAUACGGACAUCCUGCUCGGCUACAAUUGCGGGUUCCAGACCCUGCUCGUGGGCUCCGGCAUUCAUCAGCUAAAGGACGUGGAUCAGUGGAAGCUGAGCCAGGACCCCGAGGACAAGAAGCUCAUACCAGACGUGUACCUGCCCAAGUUGGGGGAUCUUCUGCCAUCGAUAGUGGACAGCCUGGCGGGCUCGAAAUGAUUGAGAUGCGGAUCACCAAUCAAUAGCCAGUAUGUAGUACGGACAUGCGUUUGUAUUGCAGUUACCUUCGCCGGCCAUAGACAGGAAAAAUUAUAAAUACCUAACGAAAAUGUAUAGUACAAUUUAUACCACAAAAUAAAAUAUUUAAAUAAAUUGAGAAUCAUUUUGCCAGACGAA